AUGCCCACAUGCUCGUCUGUCACCGUCACCGGUGAGUCCCGGUCAUGCGCAUGCGCUGUCCUCCCCACGAUACCGGUGCGGCUGCCGCUGUCGAGGGCCACAAUGCUGGGAAGGGCUGGGAAUACAUGCACGUCGGCUCACCCGCGCUCGCUGCGCGAGGCCGCCAUGCCUCCGCGCGGUGAUGCGCCGCGGUGCGCGCGUCAGCGUCAUUGCCUAACCCAUGAUACCACCUUAUCGCACCCCCGUAAAGACGCCGACAGGGCCCAAGCCAUUAGCGGCAUCAAUCACUCGUCGUCGCUGAACAGCACCGCCCACUGGCCGCUUCUCGGAAAGCGCGGGUGUAGCCUGUGGGCCCUCUCCCCGGCAACCCAGCGCAGGUCGUCGCCAGCGCCAGCGGCGGCCCCUGAGGCGGUGCCGUUGCGCGCGCCGCACCCCCCACGGUGUCCCCCCUAUGCGCUGGGGUGCGACCGCGGGCGGAGCAGCGACAACGGCUGCUCUAUCCUCCCGCCUCCGAGAGCCCUCCCUCUCUACACAACAGAGGAGGAGCUCCCCGUCUGCAUCGACCCGGAAGGAGUGCGGUGCUGCCCACUGCUCAAUCCCCAAUGCGAAGAGGGCGUUGUGGCGGAUGCACAGAUCAAUUUAUCGCCGUUCCUUAACUGGAAGUUUGUGCCGUACCUCCCCCCGCAGGCGGAGGACCAGCCCAGGUCGACGGUGGUGCUGGACAUGGAUGAGACACUUCUGCACACGUCGGUGGCCCCGAUGCCAGACGCGGACGCUGAGAUUGACGUGCCGUACCCGUCCGACGACGCGCGAGACGUGGAAGCAUCAGUCACCCUGCCACGCUACAAGCUCUUCGUGAAAUAUCGCCCGCACCUGGAGCAGUUUCUGUUGUUCUGUCUGGACCACUUUGAGGUUGUCAUCUUCACCGCCAGUAAGGCCCUCUAUGCCCAGGCGGUGCUACGGCAGUUGCAGGAGGACUUCCCCGGCAUCGCCAUCCGUCUCGAUGGCAACAAUCUCAGUGGCGGCGCCCCAGCGUCGCCGCAUGCACGCGGCGAGGCGCGCAUCAUUGAGUUGCUGCACCGCGACCAUUGCACACCAACCAACGUCGGCUACACGAAGGACCUGCACCUCAUCGGUCGAGACCUGCGUCGCACUAUCCUGGUGGACAACCGGAAGGUCUGCGGGGUUUUUCAGCCCUACAAUGCCGUUCAUGUCAAGGACUUUGCACGCCGGCGCUGCGCGGAGCGGGCGCGAGAGGAGCAGAAGAUGCAAGCGAUGCAUCUGCGUCAGCUAGAGAGGACGAUUCCGGCGUCGGCGGUUGAGGUCGCAGAGGACGUGGCCACUUCCCGUCUGCUCAGCACUUCGGGGUGCUCCACUUCGACGUACGACUGGGAAGAUCGAGAGGAUACCGUGCUUCUCCACCUAUGCGCACCCGGCGGUCUUCUGCAUUGCCUGUCACGGUGCGAAGACGUGCCGUCUUUCCUGCAGCGCACCAUGCGCUUCAAUCGAGCAGCAUCCUGA